UCUCUGUUUCCACAACAGAGAAUUUCAAAUGUUCGUGAAAUUGUUCUAUCUUAAUUUAAAAUAGGUACCAAGCAGCUACCAGGAGAUCAAGUUCGGACGCUUCAAAGAAUGCUGGCUACAGGAGCAGCUGUAACCACAGCGCUGGCGCAAGUGGAUAGAGAGAAGAUCUACCAGUGGAUUAACGAGCUGUCUAGUCCAGAGACCCGGGAGAAUGCACUGCUUGAGCUCAGUAAGAAGCGGGAGUCGGUACCAGACUUAGCCCCUAUGCUCUGGCACUCAUGUGGCACCAUAGCAGCACUCUUGCAGGAAAUUGUCAACAUUUAUCCCUCCAUUAAUCCACCAACUCUAACAGCUCAUCAGUCAAAUAGGGUAUGCAAUGCCUUAGCACUUCUGCAGUGUGUUGCCUCACAUCCAGAGACAAGGUCAGCCUUUUUAGCUGCACACAUCCCAUUGUUCCUGUACCCCUUUCUGCACACCGUCAGCAAAACCAGGCCCUUUGAGUACCUCCGGCUCACAAGUCUUGGAGUCAUUGGAGCGCUGGUGAAAACAGAUGAACAAGAAGUUAUAAAUUUCCUGCUGACCACAGAAAUCAUUCCCCUAUGUUUGCGCAUUAUGGAGUCAGGCAGCGAGCUGUCCAAGACGGUCGCAACUUUCAUCCUGCAAAAGAUCCUAUUGGAUGACACAGGGCUGGCAUACAUCUGUCAGACCUACGAACGAUUCUCUCACGUCGCCAUGAUUCUGGGGAAGAUGGUCCUGCAGCUGUCUAAAGAGCCCUCGGCUCGUCUACUGAAGCACGUCGUGCGCUGUUACCUUCGCCUGUCUGACAACUCAAGAGCCAGAGAGGCCCUUCGCCAGUGUCUACCAGACCAGCUGAAGGACACCACGUUUGCCCAGGUACUGAAAGAUGAUACCACUACCAAGCGCUGGUUGGCUCAGCUGGUGAAGAACCUUCAGGAGGGCCAGGUUACUGAUCCCAGGGGCAUCCCACUCCCCCCUCAGUAACACCACACAAACUGAAAGAGAUCACAAAGUCACCAUCCCACCAUCAGAUGAGACUUUGGAUGCCUGCAUACGUGGGCUCUCACGCACAGAAUUUUCAAUGCCAAGACAUUCUUUACGAAGACGGUGCUCAGUGUUUGGUGGUGUGUUUCUGUUUUUUGCUGUCCUCACUCCAUAGGGAAAUCUCAUGCCAACUCUGUGGGGGACUGAAGGGCAGUCUGUCAUCCACAGUCAUCUUUCUCUCACAGCAUUUUUCUCUCCUUUUGAAGUGAUGCACGGACUCUAAAGUCACUCGUUCUGCUGUUUUUCUUCUCCUCCAUCA